AUGCUUGUGAAGAAGAAGAAAAGGAAGGACGACGCCGCCAAGUCUCGCGACGGUGACGGUUCCUCUGCGCCUCCCUCUUCUGCGUCUGCCUCUCCUCCCACUUUCUCUUCUCUCGGUCUUUGCGCGGAGCUUUGUGCAUCGGUUUCGACUCUCGGCUGGCGCGCGCCAACAGCCAUUCAGUCAGAGGUGCUCCCGUAUGCUUUGCAAGGUCGAGACAUCAUCGCCCUGGCGGAGACAGGAAGUGGAAAGACAGCGGCAUUCGGGCUGCCGAUUCUGCAACAGCUCCUUCAGCGGACUCAGAGAUUCUACGCUCUCAUCCUUGCCCCCACGCGAGAACUUUGCCUCCAGAUUUCCCAGCAGAUGCUCGCCAUGGGCGGCUCUCUAGGUGUCACCGUCGUCACGCUGGUGGGCGGACUCGAUCACAAUACUCAAGCCAUUGCGCUCGCGAAAAAGCCUCACGUUGUGGUGGGCAGCCCUGGACGCGUUGUUGACCACCUUCAACAGACAAAAGGCUUCAGCUUGAAGAGCGUCAAAGUGCUCGUGUUGGACGAGGCAGACCGGCUUCUCUCCUUGGACUUCGACGCCGCGCUCCAGGUUCUCCUGGAGCACGUCGGCAGCCCCGCAGAGAGGCAAACGAUGCUGUUCAGCGCCACCAUGACAACCAAAGUCUCAAAGCUGCAGAAGGCCUCUUUGAAGAAGCCUGUGAAGCUAGAGGUGAAUAGCAAGUACGACGUUGCCUCGCUCUUGCAACAACACUUCCUGCUUGUCCCCUUCAAGCUGAAGCACACCCACCUCGCCGCAGCUCUCCUUCAUCUGUCUCCGUCUUCCGUCAUUGUCUUCACAAACACCUGCGCGAAUGCGCGAACCAUCGCUCUCUUCCUUCGCCACCUCGGCUUCCAGUCGGUCUGCCUGCACGGGAAGAUGACGCAGCCGCAGCGUAUCGGCGCGCUGACCAAGUUCCGAGCUGCCGAGACCAGUUGUUUGGUGGCGACUGAAGUCGGCAGUCGAGGUCUCGAUAUCCCCCACGUCCAGAUGGUUAUCAAUUUCGAUGUGCCUCUCUCUUCCAAGGAGUACAUCCAUCGCGUUGGCCGUACGGCUCGGGCGGGAAGGACUGGACGCGCUCUCACCAUCGUGACUCAAUACGACGUCGAGGCUUACCAACGUAUCGAGCACGCGCUGGGACAGAAGCUCGACGAACUGACUGAGUUGACGGCGACGGAGAAGGUCAUGCCUCUGCACGAAAAAGUUCUCGAAGCCCUGAGGUCUGCCGAGCUCGAAGCUCGAGAAGCCGACGACGCUGCGCUCGUUCAGAAAGCAGCCAAGAAGAAGCGAGGAGCAGGGAGCAAGAGACCGCCUGGUGCAGGGGGGAAAAAGAGAAAGCUCGGCUGA